AUGACGAACGAUCAAUGGGAUGGUUUGCGAGAGGUACGAAAACGCGUAGCAGAUGGUAAAAUCCGUCUUUCCGUAAGUGACAAAGGAGGAGAGUUCAUGGUUCUACCCUGUUCACUGGAUCCGGAAAUCACGGAGCUCCACCUUAAUGAUGCUUCUGUAUACGGUCAUUCCACGGAAAAGGCGUUUCUCACACAAUGUCACAGGCUGAAUACUUUGUGGGUAUCAAUCGGGAGGACAGCAAAAUUGGAUAGAAUGUUGAUUAGAAAACUGAACUUGGAUACACUCUCAUGCCUGGUUUUCUACAGCCUGAUCAAGACUCACAAGUUGUCCAAUGGAGGUGAAAAGUCAGCAAAUGCUAGUGAUUACAAAAUUAGGCCUAUUAUCAGCUGUGUAGGAGGACCAACGGACUGCAUUUCCAACAUUGUUGGUCAACUACUCCGAUAUGUACCCUCACAUUUGCCUAACACCAAUGAAUUUCUUGUUCGCCUACGUUAA